AUUUGUCGAAUAAGGAAGUAUAUUAGGGAGAUUUUUUUCUAUUUAUACUUAUUAUAAACAUAAGUUUCAAUUUGAUUAAAAUUCUGCAUCGAGCCCAGAGAUAAUGUAAUCUGUAAACAAGUUCGUCAAAUUGAGACAGAUUGAAGGGGUUUGGAUGUGGAUCAAACAGCGAAGCGUCCAGCUCCAGCCCACAAACCCUCAAUACUGAAAUUUAGAGAUUUUCUAAUGUAAUUCGUUUUCUCGGUUGCCAAUCAUGACCGGCUCAAUUCUCUCUCCCAACCCGUUAAUUCGGUUGACAUCCACUCCCCGAUUUCGCGCUAAAACUAGGCUGAAGGCUCCAGCAGUUUCUGCUCGUCUCGACGAUUCUAAGAACUCGGCUAAUCAGCAACUUAAUCUCUCUGUCCUUCGAUUCACGCUCGGGAUUCCUGGAUUGGACGAGUCUUACUUACCUAGAUGGAUCGGUUAUGGAUUUGGUUCACUUCUUCUCCUGAACCACUUUUUUGGUUCGAAUUCAGCUGCUCCCACCACCCCAGCGCAGUUAAGGACUGAGGCUUUAGGCCUUUCCUUGGCAGCAUUUUCUAUUGCACUCCCCUACUUGGGAAAGUUUCUUAAGGGUGCAGUUCCAUCAGGCGAAGCUAGCCUGCCUGAAGGCACUGAGCAAAUAUUUGUCCUGUCUCAAAAUGUAUCAGAUAAUGUAAAGGAAGACUUGGCUUGGGCAACAUACAUCUUGCUGCGCAAUACAAAUAGUAUAUCAGUGUUAAUACAAAUUCGAGGGGAAUUAUGUGUUCGAGGAUACUGGAAUAGUCCAAAUGAUAUAUGCGGAGCAGAUUUAGUUGCCUGGUUUGAGGAGCAGCUUCAGAGCAUUGGUCUGUCUGCAUUAAAUGAUGACCUCUAUUUCCCUCAGAUUUCAGAUUCUGAACUCUGGAAAAUGCUGCCCAAUGGCACUCGCUCAGUUUUAGUACAGCCAGUGAAACAAAGUGGCAACAAGAUGGAAAAGAUUGGUGGAUUCAUAUUGCUGGCUUCAAGUUUAAGUUAUGCCUUUAGCGACAAAGACAGAGCCUGGAUAAGAGCUCUUGCAAACAAGUUCAUAGAUAGGGACAUACUCUGAAAUUCAUGGGGAACUAAAUGCCCAGCAGAUUCUUGGCAUGAGAGUUUGAACAAGUAGCAGUAUCAAAGUUUUUUGAGAUCCACUGAUUUUUCUGGCCUGAUCUGUUGACCGCAACUCUUUUUCCUCAAAUGUAAACUAUAGGACGAAAUAUGUACGAAUCCAUUAGAAUCUGUGUUUUCACGUGAAAAAAAAUGUACCUUGAAAAAGUAUAUAAAGUGAGGCCAUUUUAGCUGGCUCCUAGUAACCAUUUCUUAAUGGUUCUUUCUUUCCCAUUAAACUGAAAAUUAGAUUGACAUUCCAACUUGGUUUAGCUAAUGCCAAUUAGGAUAUUUAAGUCAUUGUUGGGU